AGGCCAAGAGAAAGCAAGGCUUGAUAUGUCGUCGCCAUUUUGUUCGUUUUUUUUAAUAUCAUUAUGUAUUUCUAAAUAAUUUAGACUAUUUUGUGAACAUAAGUUUUAGAUACUUUUUCAAAUCAUUUAGAUGCACAUUGAACUAUUGAGGUAUUUUAUUAUUUCGGCCAACUGCACAUAUAGCUUCUGAAUAGAUUUUCUCAUGAAAGUUGCCUUUGCUAAGAGAUUGCUGGCGUAUGUUUUCAUCAUUUAUAACGAGAGAAGCUCGCAACAAUGCAAUCGAAUAGAAAGCCUAGCUGUCAACAAUGUUUUGGCACAGAAUGACGCAGCCUCACGGGGGGCGUUCACCGUUCUCGAGCACAGUGCACGAUCUGAUCAGUCUGAAGGAAACAAUGUAGCCUAACUUUCCCUUUUCCUGGCUGGCUGAGAAAGUUACAAAAUAAACAAAACAAAACUGGCCGGCGAGUGAAACCCCACCUCCCCCAUUUUUUAUUACAAAAUAAAACAUAGGAUUUUGUUUGUGUAAAAAAAAAAAAAUCACAAGGAAUUCAGCUACACAUUUGUUUAAUUUAGGAAAUAUGUUCCCAAGUAUACCACAAAUUAAAAAAGAGACAUGUCUUUUGUAUGUGAUCAUGUCUCAAUGUAAUCAAGGUAUGAAAUUAUUGUUAUUUUCAAAAUACAAUAUAUUAUUGGAAUUAGUUGUGGUGAAUUUGCAUCAUUAUUAUAAUUAUGUCCCGGCCCAUAACCAUCGACUCCGCGGCUGAAUCUAGUUUCGCCUGCAGUACUGUAACUAGCUCUCCACCUAGCUGUCGAGACAAGUUACUACGGAGAAUGCUACUGUAGUGUCUUCAACCGAGCGCUAUGAAAACCGCGCGCAAAUGUUGUUCUCUUCUGUAUCCAGCCAGCCUAUGCGUAGGGUUUUCUAGGAGAAUUAGGCCUAGCGACUUUAGUUAUGUAACCAAACCAAUAUCUGAAUACAUCGCAUGAUUGUUGACGGUUGUCAGGAGGAUAGGACAGUAUCACCAAGCUCUCUUAUCCUGUCUAAUGUAGGCUAAACGCAGUUCUGGGACACGCACGCUCGUUCAAGCCUGACUGACCGACAGAGAGGGACAGAGCGCUGGACAGUUGGGUCAAGAAAGCCUUUUAAUAUUUAAUCUCUGGACAUUACCUGUUCCCUUCCACCCUGGGUGCUGCACCCCCCACCCCUCCCCCCUCACAUCUCUGAUGGACCAGAGAGCGAAGGGGGGCCCAUCUUUACCUCCACCAUCCUCACCGCCUCUCCUCCCCACAGCCCCACCACAGCAGUACCCAGAGAAAGAGGUAGGCGGUGGGACGAGGAAGAGGAUAGAGAAGGAAGGAGGUGGUGCAGUACUGGAGGUGCUCAUUGAGGGGUGCUGUGGUGCUGCAGGGCAGAGACAGCUCCCAUUCCCAGGCAGUGAGAGGAGCUGCACUGAAGGCAAUGUGAGGCUGAGGAUCGGAGUCCAAACGGCCAAACGCACCAAGAAACCCCCCAGGACCCUGGAGGGCUACGAGUGUAAACCCCCCAUCAGGACGUACCAGAGGCCUGGGAGGGGGGCAGCAGGGAGGGGGAGUCAGGAGGGAGGGGGGAGUGGGCAGGGGAACAGCCCUCAGGAGGAGGGGGACGGAGAGCAGAACCAGGGGUCAGACCCCAGCACCACCCAGACCAGGAAGAUACACUCCUCCUCGCCUCCGUCUUCAUCAUCAUCAUCAUCAUCAGCCCCUACAACCACCCCUCCCAGCCCAGCCAACCCUCAGACUGCACCAGCCAAACAGCAGGUCCCUGUGAACCUGGGCUAUAAGAAGUCAGACACCCUACCGGAGAAACCAAGGCACCCUGACCCACCUGAUGCCCACAGCAAACUACUCUCACCUGCCCAAAUGGACCAGGCAACCCCCUCUGACCCCACAGCUUCAUCCCCCCAUUCCCCCCCUCCCUCAUCACCCCAAUCCCCCUUGGUAAAGGACCCUAGCGGUGAGGCAGGUGUUAAGGGUGAGGGACGUAUGCUGAAUGGGGGAGUACCUACAGUCACCUGCCAUCCUACCAGACUCACAAAGGUCAAAGGUCGCAAACAGAACUGUUCUUCCUCAGCCACCCCCACUAACGUGAACUCAACAACAAGACCUCCAGCCUCCAGCCCCCAUCAGGCUGACCUUGCAGCCCAGGACAAGACUUCAGGCUUCAGCUGCCCUCCUACACCGCCCCCAUCCACACCCCUACUUCCAGACCAGAGAGGAGCCCCAGUGGCUGAUGGGAGACUGAGUCCUGCUGCCUCCCUCGCCAGCCUGAGCAAGGGACCAUUACUACCGUCCUCUGUGGGAAAUGAGAGAGGGAAGGAGGAGAAAGCCAAGAAGAAGAAAGAGAGAGAUGACAAAGCGAGGGGUGAGAAAGGGAAGGGUAAGAGAGGGGAGAAGGGGAGAGGGAAGGAGGACAGAGGGAGGAAUGAGAAGAUAGACAGAGAUGAGAGAGGGAAGGAGGGAACUGGGAUGGAUGAGAGCGGGAGGGAUAUGACGGGGAAGGAGGAGAGAAAUGGGGACGAGGACAAGGAAAGAGAGAAGCCCAGAGACUUGAGGACGAAUAAAUCGCUCUCUUCUACAAAGUGUCAGAUGUUGUCUGAUGUUCAGAGCAGGAAGACGGGUACACCCAGCCCAGACCUGACCAGCAGAACAGGGGAAUCAGAUGAUACUGGUGCCCCCUCAAGACCCACCGUCUCUCCCUCCAACCCAUCCACUGCCUCCUCUCCCCUCACCUCCCUCCCUCCUCCCUCUCUCUCUCUCCACUCUUCCUCUCCUCCUACCUCCCCCCGAGAGCAGGACAGCCGUCCGCUGAAGAAGCGUAAGACCCGACGGCCAAGCUGGACCAGGCUGGUGAACCGGGCACAGAGACUGGCAGAGAACCCAGAUGGCCCCCAAGAUGCCCCCUUAGUUGCCCCACAGACCCCCACUACACCCCAGACAUCCCCCACUACCCCCCAGACACCCGCAACUACCAACUCACCCAAACUAUGGUCAGCUGAGUCAUGCCUAGCCCCCUCCGUUCCCUCACCCUCCAGUCUUUCCUCCCUCUCCUCCUCUACCUCCACCCCUGUGAGACACAGACCAGCAGGGCGACCCCCAUCCCCCACCCAGUCUCACAUGUUGACCUCUGACCCUAGCCCUUCACCUGGACCUGACCGUCCCGUCUCUCAGGCCAGAAAAAGGGGUCGCCCCAAAUCCCAAACCUCGAGCUUGGACGAACCCCAACCCAGACACUCCCCCAAACCUACCCGAGCUGAGAUGCUCCCUCAUGGGCAUGAUGAGACUCCGGACCCCCAUGUGCUCAACCCAGUGCUGGAUCACAGUCCCACCCUCACCAAUCCCUCUAGCCCCAACCCCACGCCCAGGAAACGAGGUCGCCCCAAACGGCUGCCCCCCUCCCCCCUCCUCCCCAAACAGACUCUCCAGGACCAGAACAGGGAUACACUGACCCCCUCUGGAGGUGAUGAGGGGGGUAAAGACUUCCCCUCUGGAAAGGGGAACAGGAAGCUGAGGAUGAGGAGCAUCAUCGGAGAGAUGAAGAGGAGGAAGAAGAGGAGGUUACUCAGGGAAAUGCUUUCUGGGUGUGGAGGGGGGAAGGAGGGGAGAGGAAGAGAGGGAGGUAGAGAGAGCUCUCGUGGGUGUGCAGGAGGGGUGUGUGGGUCGGCCACAGCACCCUCCCUGUCCUCAUCCUUUGGGGGUAAACUAGGUCCCCAGAUCAACGUGAGUAAGAGGGGAACCAUCUACAUGGGGAAGAGGAGAGGACGCAAACCCAAAGCUCUAGCUAACUCUAACCCUGCCUCUCAGUCCACACUGUUCACCAGUCUCUCUAGUCCCUCUCUCUUCUCCUCUCCCCAGCCCCAUCCUCCCCUCUCUCACCCAUUCCCCUCCCCAUCUCUCACCCACUCCAGUGGAGCCCAGAGCCCUUACAGUGAUGGAGGCUGCACAGAACCUGCUCCCUCCCUCUUCCUCCCCCACACCUUCUCCCUCCCCUCACCCUCCUCCUCCUGCGCAUCGCCACGUCCUCUCUCCUCCUCCUUCUCCUCCUCCUCCUCAUCCCUCUCUCCCUCCCUUAAGAGGAGUUCUCCAGGUCAGGGACGACAUCCCCUCUUCCACCAUCCCUCCAGCAGACUCUCUUCUCCUCCUCUUCCUCACCCUCUUUACCCCCAUCUGCCUGUCUUCCCCACACACCUGAAAGAGACCACACACUCACCUAUCAGUAAAUCACACAGCAAGGAGAUGUUGCCUAGUGACAGUGUGAUUGGAAUGGACCACAACACUAUCUCAGAGCGGGGGGAGAGGAGGGGCCGAGGGAGAGGGGGGGUAACCAUGGGAAUGACCUCAGAUGUCACCAGGUCAGUGUUUCGGACAGGUUUAGGGGUCAACCUGAAGGGUCAGAGACAACUCUCGCCCUCCAUGUUACUAGAACACCCCCCCCCUGUACCCUCACCCAUCAGAGUAUCAGCCUCACCCCCCUCUCCCCCCUCUGCCUCCCCCAGACACACACCUCCUUCUGACUUAGUGGAACCCAGAGACAGGCACAGGCGGAGGGGGUAUGAAUGUCCCUAUACCUGCCCCCCCUGCCCCUGCCUAGGGCACAACCAGCGCUCCCACCUGGCCCUCUGUCCCUGCCCUGGGCACAACCAGCGCUCCCACCUGGCCCUCUGUCCCUGCCCUGGGCACAACACACACAAGAGACAGAAACACAAACGCAAGAGGAAGUACCAGCACCUGCUCAUGCAUGCGCACGACCCAGACUUCCUCUCUGAACUGGACGAUCUCAUUGGGCAGUUCAGCGAGGUCCGCAUCGGGCGCCACCGUGAUUGGGCCAGAGCUGGAUUGGGGCAGGAUCUCGAUGAGAGUGGGGGGAAAAGACGCCACUCUUCCUUAUUGUCAUCGCAAAAUUUCCGCUCAAACGUUUACAGAAUCAACUUGAGUGGAUACUACUCGCCUCACCCCCUGUCUUACCCCCCUCACCCCUCCCUCUCCCCGCUCCACCCCCACCCCUGCCACGGCCUGCCUUAUGGCAGCAGCAAGCCAGAGCAGAGGUUGAGGUGUGGCUGUCCCACCAAGCCCUGUGAGUCCCUAGACCAGGGUGACUGUGGCCAGGGGCGGAGGUGUGCCUUACAGGGUAUCACAGGGCACCUCCACCCCUCCUCUCUCAGUACCCCCUUGUCCUCUUCCACCACCCCCAUGCCUCUGGGUUUUGGCUACUACAGAGGCUAUCCUCUGACCAUGGCCCAUUACCCAAACCCACACCCCUCCUUUCCCCUGCCUCCCCCUCACCCCUACGCCCCCCACCACCCCCACCUCCAACCCCCUCAGCUCCUCCUCAACCCAGCCCGGUUCUACAGGAGGAGGAGCAGGCAGCUGAGGGAGGCUGGGUUGGGUGGAGGUGGAGGUGAGGACGUGGGGGUUAGGGGUGAGGGAACGAGGGCAGGGGUCCGUUCCUGUCCAGCAGGGUCCAUCCCUGGUCGGUCCUGUGUCUAUGGGGGGAGUGAACACAAGCUCAGACACAAACAUCGUCACAGACAGCGUGAUCGUGAUGGAAAGGAAGAAGAGGACGAGAGAGUUGCAGGGUCACAGCUAAGGUCAGAGUUCACCACAGGGUCAGGAGGAAGUAGAAAGACUGGAGGACAAGGGAGUGGUGGGUUGAUGGAGUCUCCAUGGCAACAUAGGCACAGCAAAUACCCCUCUUCUUUCUUCUCUGCUUCUGCUAAACCAGCCUCUUCAUCAUCAUCAUCAUCAGAAAGGCUCAAACACACACCCCUCACCUGUCUAGGCUCCUCUCACCUGUCCUCGUUUGGGGAGGGCUGGGGGGUCCGGCAGAACCCCUGGCUGAGGAGAGGGGGGCUGGGGGCUGGAUUCAGACCCCCCGAUCCCACCUGGGGCACUCUGACAGAAGGGCAGAGGACGGCCGCUGUGUGGGGGUCAGAGAGAGAGGCGGGAGAGAGACACACACCCUGUCACAGCACCUUCACCCCCCCGACACACACCAACCUCUUCACCUCCUCUGCCACCAGUGGGAGGGGCAUGAGGAGGGGAAGAGACAAUUGGAGACCAGGGAGUCAAGACGGGUCACUGAGGAGUGAGAAGCCAUCACAGACAGAGAGGAGAGGCACAGACCCACACUAUGACCUGAGCAGAAGGCAACUGAAGUGGCUGAGAACCGGUCAAAGUUUUGGGGCUAAGAGAGGGCCUGGAAGACCCAGGAAGAAACCUCUAGCCUCCCCUUUGGUCUACCCCUUCCUCUGUCCUACAAGCCAACCAAACCCUCCAACUGAGACAGACGUCCAGAACAGAGACAGAAACAGAGGGGGAGGAGAUUCAGUACAAGAGGUGAUUGAAUCUGUAAUUCAGAGCCAGAGGAGGAGAAGACGGAAGAGGAGGCGCAUUGAGAAAGAGGAGGUCGAGCAUCCAUCCUGUCUCCAAAGUUCUGGUGAAGGUGAGCCAGUCACCCACACCCCCUCCAUAUGCACAGGCCAAUCAGAGCUAACCCAAACUCCAUCCCUAACCCCGGCCAGCCAAUCAGAUAAGGGAGCUGACCAGCUGCCUAGGAAGAGGUUUCAGAGGGCGGGGCUCUACUCAGAUGACUACAAAACUACAGAUCCCUCCUCUCAGAACCAGCUGAACAGAGAGAGACUGGAAUAUACACCAGGAGAACAAGACUACAGCCUCCUGCCUGCUCCCAUACAUGUUGGGAAGUACCUAAGAAUGAGACGUAUUGACUUUCAGUUGCCCUUUGACGUCAUGUGGCUCUUCAGGCACAACCAGCUCCACAAAGAGCCAGAUGUUCCUCUGACCAGAGAGAUCUCAUCCUACCAACCAAAAGAGAAGAGCCUGUCCAGUCACCAGACAGGGGUGUCCCUCCCUCCCUCUCCCCAGGAGGAGUGUUCCAGUCACCAGACAGGGGUGUCCCUCCCUCCCUCUCCCCAGGAGAAGGGUUCCAGUCCCAGUAGGAAGCUGUUUCCCUACCUGGACAUGGAGCCUAUGACCACCAGUGACGGGGUGUUCGUCCUGAAGCACCACGUGUUCCUUUUGAGGAACUGGGAGAGGGUCAGAGACAGACAGAUACGCCUGAGGAGGGGGAGAGAGGAGGAACGAGAGAAAGAUGGAGGAGGAGUUUCCAGCUAUGUAGCUACUGGGGACAACAACAGCCACAUCAUGUCAGGUCGACAAAUGGCGGGGAAGAAGAAGGUUGUGGUGACUAGUGAGUCCCUUCGUGAUCCCCAGUGCCCCCAUAACCCCCUCAGCACCACGCCCCAUCUCACUGAGAACAGACAAGAGGAGAAGAAGCAGGUGGAGGAGGAGCGCUGGAGGGAGGUCCGGAAGGAGCGACUGAACAACAUACUCUUGAAGCUGCGGCAGACAUGAUUGGUGGGAGAGGACAAGGAAGGAAGGAGGGGGGAAAUCUCAGCUCAGUCUCUCUUCUUCUUCCAAGUAGCUCAGUUCAGCUAACUUUGCACUAGUAUUGGGGGGGGGAGAAAGCUUCCCUGAAAUGAUUUGUUAUAAAGAUGAUUUUGGGCUUUGUUUCUGAGAGGAAUGAGGGUGUUGUUGUUUACUGUACCAUUGAGAAUGAUUGAGAAUGAUUGACAGACGGUCAGCAGACCAGUGACAGUCUGAUUUACUAGUCAGAGAGGGCGGAAGGGAUGGAUGGAGACCAUAGAGUCUUAAGGCUGGAUUCAAUUCAUAUUGAGGAAGAUAUAGCUCGAUUUAAAUGUAAAGGAAAUGUUCCCGUGUUCUCGCUGACUACAUUCACGGUAAACGCUGCAUGUCGGCUCAAUCUGAAAUUACCAUGACAAUAUCAUUUUUUACAAUUUUACCCCCUUUUUUGUGAUAUCCAAUUGCGAUCCAAUUACGAUCUUGUCUCGUCGCUGUAACUACCCAAUGGGCUCGGACAUGUGAAGGUCGAGUCAUGCGUCCUCCAAAGCGUGACCCAAGCCGCGCUUCUUAACACCUGCUUGCUUAACCCGGAAUGUGUCGGAGGAAACACCGGCCAACUGACGACUGUCAGCUUGCAGGUGCCUGGCCUGCCACAAGGAGUCGCUAGAGGGCGAUGAGCCAAGUAAAGGCCUCCCCGGGCCAAACCUUCCACUAACCCGGACAACCCUGGGCCAAUUUUGCGCCGCCCUAUGGGACUCCCGGUCACAGCCGGUUGUGACACAGCCUGGGAUCGAACCCCAGGUUGUAGUGACACCGCAACACUGCGAUGCAGUGCCAUAGACCACUGCCAUAGACCGCUGCACCCCUUGGGAGGCCUAUCUCUACAUUUUUAUGCAGAUCUUCUGCGAUACUUCCGCAAUACACAGCCCUUCGGGUUUGAUUCAAUCCCUGAUGCUGAAGUUCGGCGCUAUAGCGUGAUUCAGGUGUAAAAGUAAUUUUCAAUUGAGCCGACAUAUGCAGUUUUUACCGUGAAUUCAGUCUCCGCUAACGUGGAAACAUUGCCUUUAAUGUUCUCUUCAGCUCUACGUAUUGAAUCGAGCCUUUAAUGUAAAAGUGCCAUGUUGUAAAUAAACUGACGCCUGAGUGAGUUCAAUCUCCAAAAGCAAUACGUCCUGUAAGGAUUUCAGUACAAUAACUUUAAUAUCACUACCAGUACCAGCUAGAGACCCUUCUAUGUAUCAAACCAAGUAGUUUUUAUUGCCUUAGUGAAUAUGAUCAUUUCAAGAUCGUUAUAUUAUACCAAUGAUAAUGCAGUAACAUUGACCUAAGUAAUGUAAUGAAUCAAUUUCAUAAUUGAUAGUUAUUAUCUAAGCGUUAAUAGUUAAAGGCCUUCAUUUUGCUACAAAGUGUUAAAUAUUGCUAUGAUUGUAUAUGACUUUCUUUUCUUCACCUGUUUACUUUUUCUGACUGAUGGAAUGUUCUCUUUUUAUUUGGUCAGACAAUCAGGAAAAUGAAUUGAAUCUGAGAUUUGUAACCAUUCACUUGUACAGUUCUCUUUGGUGCAGUUUCUAGUUUGACUUUGAACUCUAAGUUGAAUGUUUUAUAGUUGACCUGUGUAUUUGCUUCACUCACUAUUGCCAAUGGGGGAUUAGGAAUAUUAUAGCAUUCAUCAAUAUAGUGAAGGGUUAUUUAUGUAGUUUGCAUGAAAUGUAACUUUGGGCUGGAUUCAAUCCGUAUCGCGGAAGAUCGCAUUAAAGUGUAAAGGUCAUUUCCGAUUAAGCCGACAUAUGCAGUGUUUAUCUUGAAUGCAGUCUCCACGAACGCGGGAACAUUGCCUUUAAAUUUAAAUGGAGCAAUAAAGCAGAUCUCCCGCGAUACUUCUGCGAUGCGGUGAGAAUCCAACCCUUUGUUGUACAAUUUAAAUUGCUGCUUAUAACCUGUCUUUGGAGAAAAUACCACAGUUCAUCUGACAGAAUGUAAUUUCAAACAUUGACCUUAUUAUCAAUAACAAUAAAAUGGCGUUUUUGUUUACAAA